UAUAUAUAUGCGUGUGUAGAUGUAUAUUAAAAAGUAAGAAUAUUCAUUCGCAAAUGCUUUCGAGAAUUUCAAUACUACUUUUGAAGAAUUUUCGUAGACGUUCGAAUAAAGUCGAUAUUCUUUGUUCGUUCGAUUUACGCGUAAUCUUUUGUUACACAAUAAGAAUAAAUCCCUACGAAUGGAGAACUUAUUCCGUAUUCUCCGAGACUUGAGACUCCGGGAGUACUUUCACUGGGACACUGAAAAGGCGCGCGUGAUGAGAAUCAGCCGAAAUUGUUCGAAUUCGCGGCACACGACCAUGGAAUAUAUUAGUCGAUUUUUUCGAAGGAAGUCGAGAGAAGAUUAUUUGUUUCCCAUGUCAUACGUGUAUCUUAUAUAUAUAUAUAUAUAUAUUUUUUUUUCUCUCUUGAUUAAAAGCCAUUUAAUCAGUAUGUAACGUCUACUAAGUAUGUAUGAAGAUUAAUGAACGUUAGAAAGAAGAAGUUCGUUCACAAGAACAUUCUGUCUUCUAUCUUCAUUCUACUUUUAAUCUCAGUUUUAUUUCUAUCAUCGAUUUACGUCAAACUUUUGCGUAGUUUAAUUUUUCAUUAUCUCUUCGGUAUAACAAGGAAAAAUCUUUCGAGAUUCUCUUUUAAUUUGCUAAAAUAUAUAUACAUAUGUACAUACACAAUAAUUAUCUAUCGUUCGUAUCAAAAUAAGAAUUUCGGUAGUUAUAUAUAAAAAGACGAAUCUAUACCACAUCGAUAUGUGUAACAUCAUGAAUCCGUAACAGUAUUGCUUAAGUUUCGAUCGAUGAAAGCCAGUAAGAAAGUCUAUUGUAAUUCGUGAAUGGUCGCGACCCGACUGUAUUUAUAUAUGUGCAGGUAUGGCUGUAGUUUUAGUUGGUGCGAGUCUGUUCAUAUCCUCAUAAGAAUUAGUUUCCCGACAACUGUCUAGCGAUUAAAUGUCGAUAAGCCGAUAAUUACAUUUCUUUGACCUUAAGAAGAAUCAGGAGAUAGCAUAGUGCAGUGUGUCGAGUGUUAGAAAGGAUUAUGCUAUUGUGGAAAAUGCGAUUCUCUUUGGUAACAUGUCUCCUCGUCAUUGGAUUAUCAUCACUGACGUAUGCCGGAGAUGCGGAAGAAAGUUCUGAUAUUACGAAAUUAGAAGUAGUAGAAUUGAGCGAAGCGGAAACCGAUAGCGAUGCAAAGGAAUCCGACGUUCAAAUAAAAAGAGAUUCUGGAUAUUCGUAUAAUAGACCAAAUACAAGAUCCAGAUUUCAGUCUGGUCAAUCGGGAUAUCGAGGAAGAAUCGUUACGAGGAUUCCAAGUCAAAUAAAUAGGCCAUUUAACAAAUAUGGUCCACCGAGUCAUCAGAAUUUGGGAUUAUCCAAGCCCAAUGUUCAUGGGCAACAACAUCGUGAUAAAUUUCAACAUCAUGGACAAUCUUCUCAACAUCGUCAUCCGAAUAAUCAACAUUCCAAUAAUUUCCCAAAUCAUGGCAAUGGUUUAUGGGAUCAAGGUAUACCAAGUCCUAUAAGAAAUCUUGAUUUUGCCGAAGUCAGUCCUAUAGCCAGUCAAAACAACGAACCAUUUGGUUCGAACACAGCUAAUUAUUUGCCACCUAGAAAUCAAAAAUUGCCAGCUUAUUCGCCAGCUGAUAACUUUUCUCCGCAACAUGCAGUAUCACCGUCGCAGAGUCAUCUCGAAAGUCAUAACGCAAAUUUCCAAAAUCAAAAUGUCGUUCAAUCGCAAGGAGGUCAGAUAUCCGAUGCUGCUCUUUUUCUAUCACAAAACGCACAAGCCUUGCAACAACUGUACGGUGCUGCGGCUACUAGCCAAGACUUUGCGCCAAAUGCGAACGAUUUCAUCGAUCAAAAUAAUCAGAUUCAGAAUCCAAACGGUCAAUUGCAACAUUUCGAGAAUACCUCACCAAAUCCUCAAAUCUUUCGAGGACCAUUACCUUCUUACGCUUCGGGUACAUUGAAUCCUCAAGAGACACUUGAGCACAUACAGUCGUUAGAAAAAGAUAGAUUGAUCGCGCAGUUGCAACAAGCGUUGGCUCAAUCCCAAGUCCAAUCUUCCAAUACUGAAGUUAGAUACGCGCAAAAUCAUGGCAAUUAUCCUCAGAAUCAAGAUCUCUUGGCUUCCAUUGGUACGGAAUUUCCACCGCUAGGAACAACGACCGGUCCAAUCAAAUUUCCUUUAGGCUAUGGUCUGACCACAACGACGACUCAAUCACCGGGCACCAGUGCGACAACGACAAUCGCAACUUCAACCGGACGUCCUAUUCAGGCUAACAAAGGCGAUGGUACAACGCAGAUCGGUGUAAACGUGCCUGUUCCUGCUCAACCUGGAACUGCGGUCGUAAAUCCCAUAGGAUUCCCAUUGUACGGCGGGUUCGUACCAACCUUCGUAGCAAAUGUCCCUAGCUAUGGAGUUUAUGCUCCAGGCGCAGUGACUCCGAUACAAUCGUCAGGAUCAUCGUCUACUCACUUUGGAAUACCUAUUCCAACAGAUCAAGGAAAUAAAGGAAUUCAACCUCAGCUACCUCCAAAGACACCACCGUCAGCUAGUCAACCUGGAGUUGUCACUUCAACGCCCGUUCAACCAGUACAUCCGACUUCUCCUUUGCAUCCUGUUGCUACACCCAUUCAUCCUAUCCUCCCAGCAACUCCGACACACGUUCAACCUUCGCUUAUCAAUUACAAAAACCGACACUGCCAACCUAUCCAUGGAGUUAUGCACCCUCGUACGUUUCUGCGAAGCCUGCUCAAAUAUGGAAAUGAGAUGAUGCUAUAUUUAUUGAACUAUACGCGACUCGUUCUCCCACGUCAUCGUGACUUGUUCACUCUCUCGAAUACGAAAGAAAGAAAGAAUGAAUGAAAGAAAGAAAGAAAGAAAGAAAGAAAGAAAGAAAGAAAGAAAGAAAGAAAGAAAGAAAGAAAUAUAGAAAUAUAGAAAGGAAGAAAGAAAGUCGGCAAGAGUUCGGAAAACGAGAUUUCGAGUAAAUUUCUCGGAAAUGAGAAGAAGUAACGAGAUAAGAUGAACGAUCCGUAGCAAUUUCAUUUUAAUGGAAUGGAACUAUAGUUGAUUAAUUAUUAAGUAGAACAUCGAUUAGAGCUUCUUCGAUGACACUGCUAUCGAUGACAGCUUAUAAGUAUCGAAAUACGAUACACUUUCCUUCGGACUCUCGAAUAACGUUCGUGUUCCUUCUCCUAUAAUUCUCAUGAUAUUCUCUAACGUUGGAGUCCAUGUACAUAUAUAU